AUGGUAACGUUACCCUGUUCUUUCAUUAUCAGAUGUUGCGAGCGCGGUAAUGAAAACAGACAAGGCCCGGGGUUGGUGUGCCCUCUAUUACCCGGCUUUCAGUGAUGAAAGUCACCGGGGAGUUUUUUAACGGUUAACGGCGCAGUUCGCCAGCGAGCUAAAUCCGCCGCCGCACAGUGUUAACAGUUAGUGAACGUUAGCGACCAACAGCAGCAGCAGCCGUUAGGUUAACUUCGAUUGUCCUCAGCAAACGCGUUAGCCUCGUAGCUACAGCUAGCUGGUAUGGCAAUCUUAUAACAAGGGUUAGUUAAUUCAUGCCAAAAAACCAUCCAUGCUGAACAGACUAUAUCGUUAGAGACGAAGCCAAAAGGCGGAGGGGGGGACGCUAAUCCGGAGUAGAGCUGCUGUAGCUAGCGGUUAGCGGCGUUAGCUAACUUAGUGGUCGCUGAGCUGCUUCACACCAACAAAGUUGUUAGAUGUUCCCGGAGAGUGCCUCUACGCCUGCUCUUUGUUCUGGCUCAACAUGGUGAUGGUGGGCUAACUUCGCAUGGCGUUAAAGCUCCAGUCAGUUUGUUUGAGACAGCAGGAUUUGAAACAUUGAUGGACACAAAGAGGAUAUUAUAACAUUAGAUUAAAAAAAAAAAGCAUCGCCACCUGUAUCAAAAGUCCAACAGCGUCCGCAGCGUAGUACAACUGUAAGGUUUGCCAUUGCAAUUUACAACAAACCGGUCACACAGACAUGCAGAUUGUCUUUUUAAAUGAGCAUUUUUAGUUUAUAAAGUAGUCGGUUCUUAUCACAAAGACAAAGACGCAGAAAUGUGCGCAGCAGCAGUACUGUUAAUGUCGACAAUCACAUGGAUUAGCACUUCAUUUAAAUGAAGAGGCAGCCAUUCUUCAUCCCAGUAUUUCUACCUGUGCUUGAGUUCAACUGAUUUAAAUAUUGUUACAGAUGAGUCGCUGUAUUGUGUUUGAUUCACAGGAGCGCAUUUGUCCAUUAAGGUCUGAUGAACAUUGCUUUUAAACAAAAAAUAAUCGUAGGGGAGAGUGGGGUAAGAUGAGCCAUUUUUAAUGUUUCGGAUCACUGCAUCAAGGCAAUCAUAGUUUAGUCUCUAACUAGUGUAUCUGCAUAUAUUUCGAAAUGUUGGGCAUCACUGCAAACCAACAGAAUGAGUGUAAACAGAACCAAAAAAUGCCUAUGGUCAACAUACCCCGUGUAUGGGGUAAGUUGACCCCCCCCCCACUCUCCAUGAUCUUUUUCGGUUUGAACACAAUUGUAGUAUAAAUUUUGACAGACUAAAUUCACUUUCAUGUGUGAAAAAAUUUUGUUUGUAAAUAAAUGUCUAACCCCUUCACCCAUGUGCUUCUAACCUUCACAAACUCCAUGAAUUGAUGCCCAUCUCCUAAAUAUUUGGUCACAUGAUCUAUUUCUUUUACCAUUUCCGAGCAACAGGAGGUGGCCCAACUUACCCUUUGGCUCAACUUACCCCACUCUCCCCUACAUGUCUAACGUCAAGCCAAGUCCUUUUGUACAGCCCCGUUUAACGUUCCGUGCCUCAGUUGGUAUUUCAUGAAAACAUUUGCUUUGAGAUGGCUGUUGAUCAGGUUGCUCCAAUACACUAGAUACACUGUGCAUACAGUGUAUAUUUUUUCAGUCGAAGAAUAAAUCUCAGUCACCUCUUUCCUGACUUUAUUAAUUUGGUUUCUUCCCCUUUCCCUUAGAGUGUUGCUGGUGGUGCUGAUGGUGACAUUAGAAAUGGAUGAUCAAGCUGGAUGUUGCUUUUAAAUCGGCUGCAUCUGUAGUUGUGAUGUAUCAUACCAGACUGGAUCAAGCAAACUACUUUUGCAGUAAGUAUACCUUUUUAAAUACUGAGACUUUGUGCAUACUACAUAGUGUGUAUGUGUGUUAAAAUUGCAUGCAAACAGGGAAUUUGUUUCUCAUUUCAUUCUUCCUCAUAAAUCUCUCUAGAAUGAGUUCCUGCUUAGUUACAGGACGUGUGUCCUAUCACUGAGGCCACAUGUGUAUCUGGAGAGAUGGAUCGUUGUAAGCACGUGGGUCGCCUUCGUCUGGGCCAGGACCAUUCUAUACUGAAUCCACAAAAAUGGCACUGUGUCGACUGCAGCACCACAGAUUCCGUGUGGGCCUGCCUCAAGUGCUCCCACGUGGCCUGUGGACGUUUCAUGGAGGAGCACUCACUCAAACACUUUCAGGAGUCACAACACCCUCUAGCAAUGGAAGUGCGUGAGCUGGAUGUCUUCUGUUUUGCCUGUGGAGACUAUGUACUUAAUGAUAAUGCAGAGGGUGACCUCAAACUCCUCAGAGGGGCACUCUCUACUGUUCGCACCCCAGGUAGACGCUCACUACGCUCCUCCACCGGGGGUGAAUGCAUCCCCUGGGUAGGAGAAGGUGGGCCGCAGCCUGCCAUGCAGCUAGCUCUGCGUCACAGGAGGAAAGCACUUCUUGGGAAGAUGCUUAAAGUGUGGAUAAGCAAACAUCAAGAGUUAGAGGAUCAGCGCAAAGAAAAACUUGAGGAAGCUAAAAGACAGAAAAAAGAGGUGAAAAAAAGACUUAUGGAAGAGCUUGGCAGUGUCCCCCCCAGAAAGAGUGCCAGGCUUCUUACUCAGGCGCCACGUUCAACCAUCACACUCAUUCCUCGCAAAUUUCGCGACCCUCCAGAACGCCUACCUCCUCCUCCCAAGAAGCCUUCCCUCUUAACCUUGUCCCGUAAGGCUCCUCAGAAUGGCAGAGCUGCUAGACUGAGGAGAUACUACUCCACACACACAGUAACUCGCCGGAGAAUCGCUCCGGGUGUCACUGGUCUGCGCAACUUGGGAAACACAUGCUACAUGAACUCAAUAUUGCAAGUGCUGAGCCACCUGCAGAAAUUCAGGGAGUGUUUUCUCACUUUGGACCUGUGUGAAACUGAGGAGCUGCUGGUCAAGACCAACCACUCCCAGGGGUUAAAGGGUGUAACGGGAGGUGUAGUCAGCAGUAAUGCCUCACUGACAGGAUGUCCUCUUGGUCGUAUGGGGAAGACAGGCAGUUGGAACUUACCCUUGGGAAAAAAAGAAAGUGUCCCGCCUCCCCCACAGGCUGCAGAGCUGGUCCAGCCCAAGGAGCCUCGCUGUUCCACCCGCCAGCAGAUGUCUCUGUGCCAUGAAUUACAUACACUUUUCAGGGUCAUGUGGUCAGGCCGUUGGUCUUUAGUGUCCCCUUUUGCCAUGCUGCACUCUGUGUGGAACCUCAUCCCAGCAUUCCGAGGCUAUGACCAGCAGGACGCCCAGGAGUUUUUGUGUGAACUGCUGGACAAGGUGCAGCAGGAGCUGGACACAGAGGGGUCCAAACGCCGGAUAGUUAUCCCCAUCACAAAGAGGAAGCUAUCCAAGCAAGUGCUUAAGGUUCUGAACACCAUCUUUCACGGGCAGCUACUCAGCCAGGUAAGACUGUUCACGCAGCAUUAUAGUAUGUAAUGACAAUAAUAACUCCAUUACUCCAAGGGUUCAUUUAAAGGGAUAAAGGCGUAAGUUUAGGGUCAAACACACCGAAACACAGAGUCAGACACCCCCUCGAGAGAUGAAUGUAUCAGAGUUUAACAGAAAAAGAGCCCGGACAACAACUUAACUUGGAUAUUGCAAACUGCACCACACAAUCAGCACAUUUUCCUGUUAGAGCUCAAUAUGUAACAGCGAUCUGAAAUAUAACCACGACCCGAAAUGAAAUAAUAAUUUUAAAAAAGUAAAUAAGUAAUAAAACCCAAAAUGUAAAAACUUGUUACGUUUUGGAUCAGUUAUUACAUUUCAGGUUGUUGUUAAAUAUCAGGCUCUAACACAUUUACCUGCUUUGUUCAGUGUUUCAUUUUAUUUGUUUUGGGGAAGAGAAAAUCUUUUUCAGAUAAUUCAGCCCCUGGUACUUACACUGAAGGAUUACACACCUAAAUACUGAGCUAAUGUCAUUAGCAACAGCUCGGCACACAGCCCUGUCCUGGCAUACUGUGCGCACUAGUACAUCCAAGAAAAGCAGAUUAAAAUUGUGAAACUGUUGUAUUCAGAUUUAUAAUGGUUAUAUUUAUUUGGCAAACAUUUAUAUACAUUGAACCUGGUCAUUUAUUUUUGAUUUUGAGUGGCAAUCUCCUGCUGCCCCUAGAUACAGUGUAAAAAUGUGAAUAUUGAGAAAUAUCUUUGGUUAGGGGUGUAAAUCUUUCCCUAACAAGACAAUUCAAUUUGAUUUGACCCUUGAUGGCUCUUCUUAAGUUUAUAAUUUUUAAGAUAGAAAAAAGGAGGAGACUGACAGCACAAUCCGAAAUGAUAAAAAAAUGAAAAUCAUGCUCAGGUGUCUUGCUACAGUAGGCAGUUUGGUGAUAAGUAUUGGAAUUUGUUACAAACAACACAGAUAUCUUUGCUUCUCUGCAUGUCUACCUGCACAGUUUCUGCCAAAUCCUACUAACACCCAAAAAAAAAAAUCUAGCAAAAAUUAAGGACACUUAAACAUUAGAAGUCAAUCUAAAAAACAACACUUUUUGACAGCACCUGUUGUGUCAUGUAGAUAGGAAAGCAACACUGUUGUUAAUACUGUAGUGAUCAAAAUGAUGUGACAUAUUUUUCCUUCUCAUAAAUUCUCUGCUCUUGUGUCACAUGGUUUGUACAUGACCUCUGUUGUUGCUGUCACUUUAUUUCCAUUAAGAAGUUAUUUUAUUCAUUUGAGUGAAUUUUUGUCACACUGAGUGUAAUGCUGUCUAUUCAGUACUUUUUAACAUGGAUUCAAUGUAUAAACCACAAAGUUAGGACUCCAGACAACACAGUCAGGUGGCAAUAAAGCAAACUAUACAUUAUGUCUGAAAAAAAUGCUUAUUACUGGGGGCUGCUUGUGCUGCUGCUGGUUGUAGUUAGCAUCAGUCAGCACAGGUGAAGUCAACGGGGUCUUACCAGGUGAAAUCAGUCUUGCAUCAUCUUUAUACCCCCACUAAUGGUCAGAUUCUAGACUGAAAUACUCUCUUGCUUACGCCUCUCGUCAGUGAACUGUGGGUGGCCUUUGAGGACAUGAAGCAUGACUAGCGGGAUCCCUGUUUUCAAGGCUUUUCCUUUAAAAACAACCAUCUACCCAAUGUCCUUUUAAUUUCUUUUGCACUCAACAACUUCCCCCUUUUACUUUUCCCCUUUUUUGUUUUUAAGUUCAGGUGAUUAUAUAUUGAAGUAUUCUUACGCUUGUUAUAUUCAUUCGAAAGUCUGUUCACCUUCAAAACUGAGCUACAUAAUUGUGGUUGUUUGGUUCACAGUCCUUCUUCAUAAUGAAUACUCUUAAGGUCCUUACAAACCAGAGCUGACACGAAUAUAAAACGCGAAAUUACGAACUAUUCAGAGGCGAAUUUUGAAGCACCUGACCAUACACAUCAAGCCCGAUGCGAUUUUGUGACUUCCCGGGGAAGACUUUUCCCCAUGAAAGUCCUGCCUCCUUCGCCUCUGAUUGGCUAGAAAAGCUGGAAACGUCACCACACGGUCAGCACUUAUGACCAAUCAGAGGUGAUAAUAUAAGCACAUGAAACUAUGGUAACAGUGUUGUUUUUGUUGACGAUGACGUUGACGAAAAUAUUUCGUCAACAUCAUUGUCAACGAAAACAACAUUGCAGAAUAUAUUUUUGUGUUUGACUGACGAAAUGCUUAUGGAUUUUGCAACUCUGUUCGUCGUCCACCACUAACGUUUUCGUCUAGUCUCGUCUCGUCACAUUUUAGUCAUCUAAGACUUAUGUUAAGCUCGUCAACAUCACGUCUUCGUUGUGGAAAAAAAGGGGCGUCAACCAAAACAACACAACAACAAACAAAGACGUUUAGCAAACUGUUAAAGCACACAAACCAUCGUCAUAUGAGAAAUCUGACGCUAUGUUGUUCUUCAGGUCGUUAUCUUUGUAAUAUUUGUGUUUUUUAUCAAAAAGCACUCUGUUCUCUGACACGUAAACAAACAGCCGGUCGGCCAUGUUGGAUAAACCGGUGAAUCAAAUCGCAACAACACGAAAUCUGAUUGGUCAGAAGUGGACACACAGUAUACGAAACUUUGACCGUGAUCCCAAAAAAAUAAAUGCCGCAAUAUCACAGGACGGGAAAACAUUGCUGAUGUGAACGCUUGUAAUGACAGGAUACGGGUUCGAAAAAAAUAUUGACAUCCGAAAUUAUCGCACGAAAAAAAAUCGGUCCCAGUGUGAAAGGACCUUUAGACUAAGCAUCAUUUAAGCAUAUGUUUUGAUCUAAACUUACAUUGAUAAACACAGAAAUAAUAUCUUACCACUCAGAUUUACUAAUUCACCUCCUGCUUUUGUCCCAACCUAUGUCUCCUCUCUGUUCAAUGUGUUUUAGGUUACGUGUCUGUCCUGUAAGCACAAGUCUAACACAGUCGAGCCAUUCUGGGAUUUGUCUUUGGAGUUUCCAGAGCGCUACCACAGUGUAGACAAAGGCUCAGGCUCCACAGCUUACCAACGCAGCUGCACCCUCACUGAGAUGCUGGCCAAGUUUACAGAGAUGGAGGCUCUUGAAGGCAGCAUCUAUGCGUGCAACCACUGCAACAGUCAGUACAGUUCUUAUUCAUCAUUUUCAGAAAAGACCCUUUCAUUUUUUUAUAUGUUUGUUUUCCUACACUUUAACAUCAUUCAGAUAAAUUCAUUUUAAAUUUGAUGGUAAAACUUUGGUACAAAUCCAGUCUAACUGAUGGCUUUCUUCGUAAUACUGUGCUCCGCAUGUUUGUAUUCAAGGUUCAACAGGAGGGAAAUUCAGAGAUUUAGAGCAGAAAAUGUUAUUGCCUUAAGAAAUAAUGUUUGAAUGGCAUUAAUAUGUGUCAACAAAAAGGGCUUUAAGGCGCAAUUUGAAACUAAAUGGGAAUUAUAUGAAAUGUUCUUGUUGAUAAUAUUUCAAACUCUAUUUCAAAUUAAAAGAAGAAAGAAAAUUAAUCUGCUUUUUCUGUGAGGCAGCCCUGCCAGCUUUGGGCCAACAUUUAAGGAAGACUCAGUUUGAGGAGUUUGUAUUUUAACCAACUAUUGUAAGCCCCAAAGAAGCAGGGACAUGAUACAUUUCUUGGUUUUAAUGGUUUUUUUUUUUCUGUUCGAAAUGCUUAAUACAUGACACGUUACCUCUACGUGUAAACAAAGCCUUACAACAGUAAUAUGCAGUUGUAUUGUCAUCAUUUUACAUGUUGUUGUGCCCUUGUUUGAUAGAAAGAAGACGAAAAUCAUCCCACAAACCCUUAGUUCUGUCAGAGGCACGUAAGCAGCUUCUGAUCUACCGUUUACCUCAGGUUCUACGGCUGCACCUCAAACGCUUCAGGCAAGUUUUUUUUUUUUUCCCAAAUAAUUUUAACUUCUCAUCAAGUAACUGCAGUAUUAAUAACCCAUUCUUGCCAUUUUAAAGUUGUUACUCAUCUCCAAUCGUGAUUUUAAGUACAGGAGCAUUUGUUUUUAUGUGAGUGCUUGUGAUGCUAACAAGUCUCUACUGUACGGCAGAUGGUCAGGGCGGAACCAUAGGGAAAAGAUCGGCGUCCAUGUGGCCUUUGACCAAGUUCUGAACAUCAAACCAUACUGCUGCACAGGCUCAGGUCACUCUGUCCACAGAGGAGGCUACACCUAUGAUCUAUCUGCUGUAGUUAUGCAUCAUGGUAAAGGCUUCGGCUCAGGGCACUACACCGCAUACUGCUUCAACACAGAAGGAGGUGAGGAAGAGACACAGCUCGAUCCAGAUCAUCAUCUCAAAUCUGAUCAUUCUGCAGCAUAUUAAACUUCUGUUUCGCCCUUUCAGGUUUCUGGGUCCACUGUAAUGACUCUGAGAUGAAGGUUUGCAGUGUGGAGGAAGUCUGCAACACUCAGGCCUAUAUUCUCUUCUAUACUCAGAGGUCUGCAUAG